UAGUUACCUGGCGCGUGCAUUUGGCAGGAUGACCACCCACUCCCCCGGGGCUCGCACUGACCCGCUCGUGGCGGCUAUCGACCAGGGCACGAGUUCCACGCGCUUCUUGAUAUUUAAUGCCCGAACUGCAGAGGUAGUUUGUCAGCAUCAGGUGGAAAUCAAACAGAGCUUUCCAAAAGAGGGAUGGGUGGAGGAGGAUCCUAUGGAGAUUUUGCAGUCUGUGUGUGUGUGUGUGGAACACACCUGUGACAAACUCAACCAACUCAACAUCCCCACCUCACACAUCAAAGCGAUUGGGGUGACCAAUCAGAGAGAAACUACAAUGGUUUGGAACAAGGAGACUGGAGAGCCUCUCUGCAACGCCAUUGUUUGGUUGGAUCUAAGGACCCAGUCUACCGUGGAGAGAUUGAUCGACAAAACGCCCAGCAAAAGCAAAAACCACCUAAAGGAUCUCACCGGUCUGCCCAUCAGUACUUAUUUCAGUGCGGUCAAAAUGCGAUGGCUGCUGGACCAUGUGGAGCCGGUUGCCACAGCAACACAUACACACACCGCCCUGUUUGGCACUGUGGACUCCUGGCUAAUUUGGUGUCUGACAGGUGGGAGGAAAGGGGGAGUCCAUUGCACAGAUGUCAGUAACGCCAGCCGCACACUGCUUUUCAACAUACACACCCUGGAGUGGGACCCAGACCUCUGCACAUUUUUUGAUAUCCCAAUGGAGAUGUUACCGAAUGUGAGAAGCUCUUCUGAAAUCUACGGUUACAUGGCUUCUGGACCUUUGGCUGGAGUGCCCAUAUCAGGAUGUCUGGGUGACCAGUCUGCAGCCCUGGUGGGACAGAUGUGUCUGCAGGAAGGCCAGGCAAAAGGGCUGUAUGGCACUGGCUGUUUUCUGCUAAAGAACACUGGAAAAAAGCCGGUGAUGUCAGAGCACGGUCUCCUCACGACGGUGGCCUAUAAAUUGGGGCGGGACCAACCGGCCUACUACGCUCUGGAGGGCUCGGUUGCAAUAGCGGGUGCAGUGGUAAGAUGGCUGAAGGACAACUUGGGAAUCAUCCAAUCAUCUGCUGAAAUAGAGAAACUGGCCUCCUCCGUAGACACAUCGUAUGGCUGCUAUUUUGUUCCUGCAUUUUCUGGACUAUACGCCCCCUACUGGGAACCUAGUGCAAGAGGGAUCAUCUGUGGUCUGACUCAGUUCACCAACCGCUGUCAUCUCGCCUUCGCUGCCCUGGAGGCUGUGUGCUUCCAGACCAGAGAGAUCCUGGAUGCCAUGAACCAGGACAGUGGCGUUCCUCUGACGCGGCUCCAAGUGGACGGAGGGAUGACGGCCAACACUCUCCUCAUGCAGCUGCAGGCCGACAUACUCUGCAUCCCCGUGGUGAGGCCCUCCAUGUCUGAGACGACAGCAUUAGGGGUGGCGAUGGCAGCUGGAUCUGCAGAGGGAGUGUGUGUGUGGGACCUCAACGCAGAACACCCUAUCACCAUGGAAACCUACCAACCUCAAGUCCUUCCUGAGGGUACACACACACACAGUCUCACACACACCAAACACACACACACACACACACGCAUGCAUACUAGGGAUGUAAUGAUUACCGGGGACCAUAAAAACCCCAUGAUGCUGCUUGGUCGCGGGAACUGCUUCAGUGGUCGGUGUGUAACAGAACCGGGAAGGACACCUCUCAUAAACUGCCGCCGUGCACACCACACACCUGCACCACCCUACGUGACCUAA